AUGGAUUCUCAGGAUUCAAUCUUUGAGAUAUACAGCCGUUACUGUAAUAUUGGAUCAGUAAAAUCAUGCCAAACCAAUGAACAUGAUGUACACAGGGGUAAACCUUCAAGGGAUGCUCUGGCUGAGCUUUUGAAAUUUAUGGAGUUAAAUUUCCAUUCAAGAAUUUCAGUUUUUGAUGAGCUUCUCAAGCUCAUGUCAAAGCUAGAACUUAUGGUGGAUUUCUCAGAAUUCUCUCGUUUCUAUGAUUUUGUAUUCUUCAUGUGUCGUGAAAAUGGUCAAAAGAAUAUCACUGUAAACAAGGCUGUUUCAGCAUGGAAAUUAGUUUUAGCUGGGAGGUUUCGGUUGCUAAACCAAUGGUGUGACUUUGUUCAGGAAAAUCAACGACACAAUAUAUCUGAGGAUACUUGGCAGCAAGUUUUAGCUUUUAGCAGGUGUGUACAUGAAAAUCUUGAAGGGUACGAUCCUGAAGGUGCUUGGCCUGUCCUAAUUGAUGACUUCGUUGAGCACAUGUACAGUGAUACAGGGAGUUAUGUGGUAUUGGGGUCAAACAAGGAACCAAACUUUUUCUGCAACUGUUGUGAUUCAGAGUCUGAAUCAUGCACAUUUGAAGACCCUCUUCCUGGAUUGAAAGUCACUCCUGGUUUGAAGAGGAAGCUGCCUAGCUUCCAAGAUGAGGAAAUGGAGUCCUUAGAUGCCCUAUUCCCUCAUUCUACCAGCCCAAAUUUUAUAUUGAAUUCAAAGAAAAGUAGGCUGAUUGAUCACAGAUCAUUGAACUGGGAGGAUAAUCCACCUGGUAAUUCAGCCAGUCACUGCAUAGAUGUCAUUAAGCAGAAUAAUUCACUUGGGUCCACCAAAUCACCAUGUGCAGUUGAAGGAUGCUUGUCGAGGGGCUUUGCAGGCUUAUUCUCAACUCGUUCCUAUCUACGACUUGAUCAUAAUAUUAGAGGAGAGUCUCGUAUACUUAGAACUUCCACCUGA